AUGCUAUGUAUUUUCUGUGGUUUAGCAAUUAAUUUAUGCAAUUUACAUUUUUCUCACAAACCUCUAGGUGUUUUCAGUUUUUAUUUUGCAGUCCAUAUUACUAAGCUGUGGGAAGUCCCUUUUUAUUAUCUAAAAUAUUAUAUUGAAGCCGUCAAUGAAUUUUAACUUGAAAGAGUUGAUUACCACUCAGUGUUGAUAAGAUAACCUAUUUUUUUUUUUUUUGACAGAAUAAGUUUUACAUAAUUUACAGAAUUUUCACAUACACACAAAGUACAGUAAAUAAAACUGAAAUGCCAGUCCCAAAGACUUUUACUCUAAACAAUGGAAUUGAAUUCCCCACUGUGGGCUUGGGAACUUACAGGUCGAAACCAGGUGAAGUGGAAGAAGCAGUAAAAACAGCCAUAGAUGCAGGCUACAGACACUUUGACUGUGCCUGGUUUUAUGGCAAUGAACAUGAGAUUGGCCAGGCAAUACAUUCAAAAAUAUGCAGUGGGGUAAUUAAAAGAAAAGAUGUGUUUAUUGGCAGUAAGCUCUGGAACAAUUUUCACGCAAGAUCUGCCGUUGUGCCAAAACUAAAAGAAAGCUUGGAAGCUUUCCGGUUGGAUUACUUGGAUCUCUACUUGGUCCACUGGCCAAUGGGAUUUAAGGAGGAUGCGCCUCUGGCACCAAAAGAAAAUGUUCAAGAGGCCUUCAGCGAUGUGGAUUAUCUGGAAACGUGGCAAGGAAUGGAAGACGCUUAUAAAUUAGGCUUAGUAAAGUCGAUUGGCUUGUCCAAUUUUAAUGCCGAGCAAGUGGACAGAAUUUGUAAAAAUUGCACUAUUACCCCAACAAUAAAUCAGGUCGAGUGUAACCCCAAUAUAAACCAAAAAAAGCUGAUCAAAUUUUGUCGCGAAAGAGGAGUUCUACUUAUGGGUUUCUGUCCGCUAGGUAGAAGCGAAUACUCUGGCAGGCCCGGGUUUCCAGAACCGACUAUCUAUGAUCCGAAAGUACAGGAAAUUGGUAAAAAAUAUAAUAAAACCGGAGCCCAAGUUGUAUUGAAUUAUGAGGUAAACAAUCUGGGAAUUUUCGUGAUUCCAAAAUCAGUCACUCCAAGUCGGAUAAAGGAGAAUAUCGAUAUUUUCGAUUUUGAAUUAAAUGAUGAGGAAGUUGCUUAUUUGGACUCGUGCGACAAAAACAAACGAGUGUGUCCUGCAAACGAUUGGAAAGAUCAUAAAUAUUUCAGCUUUAAUGCUGAGUUUUGAUUUAUAUGUUCGUGAUUAGAUAUUAAAUUUAUGAUACGAAACUAAUUAAAUGUACUAGAUUAUACCUACAUAAUUUUUGUAUAUUUUAAAGUGUUUAUAAUUAUUUUGGUGUCUGUGAACGGGGUACUACAACUAUUAAAUCUAUAAUAAUGAAAACA